AUGGCUUCGUCUCCCGCCCCCUCCCCUCCCGACGUCUCGCCUCCCCCGAAACCCACGCCGACGUUCACUCCGAACCCGGCGGCCACCUCCUCCAGCUCCCUUGAGACGUCGGGUCCCCCCCUACCCCCCCCCUCGUCCUUCCCUGCGGAGCAGUCUGCUCGUGGUCGGUCUAAGCACGAGCGCUGGAGCGAAGACUCGGAUUCUGGCGGCUCCCCAUCUUACCGUGACGUCGUCAUCUCUCCUUCGGCUCCGGCAUCGCUUUCUGCCCCGACGAAAGCCUCUGCGGCUGGGUCGGCUGCUGGAGCUGGAGGCGACGUGGUGGCGGCCAACCCUGUGGCCCGGGCCGCCCCCAAAAUUAUCCUCUGCGGCCAGCGGCGUCCUGCUGUCCCGCGUGGUCGCGCGGACGGGUGGCAGGUGUUCGAGUCGCGUAGUGCUCGGCGCCGGCGCCAGUGUGCCGCUUGUCCUCCCCGACGCCCUGUCCCCGCCGACCUUUUGGGCAGGUGCUUCAACUGCUUCUCCUCCGCGCACGCCGCUGCCCAGUGCCGCCAAAGAACCCGGUGCUUCCGCUGCAAGUCCCUGGGGCAUCGAUCCUACGAGUGUCCUCGGUCGGCUCGCGCUGCACGUCCGCCGAGGUGUGUCGCUGUCUGGCGGCGCAUCUCUGUGAACCCAACGCCGACUGACGACUCCUUCCCGCAACGGUCUUCUCGGGCGGGACAGAUGAGUGGCGUGCCGAUGCCGGAUGUCAAUUCCUCCCCGCAACGGUUUUCUCCGGCGAGAAGGACGAGUGGCGUAGCUGAGGAUGCUGCGAAGGCGCAGGUCCCUGCCCCUCCACCAAGGCGUUUCUCUGUGUGGCGGCGUGUUUCUCCUAUCCCGGUGGCGGUCGACGCUCCCCGCCCGCAACGGUCCUUGCCGGCGGGCAGAGGUUGGGGCGCAGCUGGCACGGCCGUGGUGCCAUAG